CACAGCUGCUGGAUUUCUUUAUAACUUACUAAAUGUUCUUAAAUAACGCAAUUACUAUAAUAUAAUAUAUUAUGUUUUUCUCAAAGUAAACAUGUUUAUAAUUGGAGAGAAAAAGUUUUCUGAAUUUAGGGGUUAUACAAUUCGGUUAAUUUACAGCGUCUACCUGACUUGAAUUGGUCAGUCUAUUUAUGACGUAUUAGCCUAUUGACUGGUUACUGUUAGCCAUUUGGACAAAUUAGGGCUGUUUGUAUGCAGGCCUAUCACCGAUACCUCACAUUAAAAUAUACUUGAUAUGUUGAAGUUCAUUGAUGUGUACACACCCGCACCUUGUCAAUUUCCGAGUCUACACCUCAUUUUUUUUCUAUUUUCAACUGGCCAAGUCACGAUUUGCUGCUCCAAAAGCAGUCAGUGCGUCCGCCAUAUAAAAAGUCGCUGCUAAGAAAUAUUUCUAAUUAUUUGAUCGUCGCGAUUUCAUACGUUCGGUUCGGAAGUGGAAUAUAGUGAAUAAAAAACGAUUAAUUCUCUACUGGAUAUUUUACACUCUUUGGAUUCGAGGACUCUUCCUGUCUAUCAUGUUGACGUGGCAAUUGUGGUGUACUUUAUUAUGUGUUUUGUGGAUUUAUUUUUUGUGGUCACGUCGCAGAUUCUAUCGGUUAAUAUUUCAAAUACCUGGGCCAGUGGGUUAUCCCUUAGUUGGCAUGGCACACAAGCUGCUCCAUAAGGAAGAUGUGCUGCGGGUGUUUAAUCACUAUUUGGAUAAACAUGGACCAUUCAUAUUUUCUUGGCUGGGUCCGAUGCCAUUUAUAAUCGUCAAGGAUCCCAAAAUUAUACAGGAUAUUUUCAACUCACCGCAUUGCCUUAAUAAGGGCAUCAUCUACAUGGCAAUAGAUGAUGCCUCUGGCCAAGGAUUAUUUAGCAAGCCAGAGCCCCUUUGGAGUGUGCAUCGAAAAUUACUGAAUCCAGCAUUUGGCCACAAGUUGCUGGUUAGUUUUGGGCCUAUUUUCAAUGCAGAGUCUGCAUCGCUGUUGAAAACUUUGGAACCAUUGGUGGAUGAUGGCGAAAAGAACUUGAUACCAUUGCUGCAGAGUUUUACGUUGAAUAUAGCAACUCAAACCACAAUGGGAAGUGAAGUGAAGUAUAGUGAAUACAUAAGGAGCAACAAACUGCUCGAAGCUUAUCAUAGUCUUUUGGAAUCCAUGACAGAUAUGUGUUUUUCACCCUGGUUGCUUAGUAAAACAAUUCGUCAACUAUUGGGCAGAGAGGAACAAUAUGCUAAAAUCAAGUCACAGAUAAGUGAUUUCAUUAGAAAGAUUAUAGAAGCGAAACUGACAAAGGGUUCUCAAGCUCCGCCACUGCCGGAGGACAAGAAUAUAUUUCUAAAUCUAGCUACAGAUUUGAUGAAUCGUGGAAUCUUUACCACACAGGAUGUCCAAAACGAAUCGAGUACCAUUGUAUUUGGUGCUUUUGAGACAACAGCUAAUACGGUGGCGUACACAUUGAUAUUGCUUGCCAUGUUUCCCGAGUAUCAAGAGAAGGCCUUUGAAGAGAUUCGCACAUUGUUUCCCAAUACAGGAGACUUUGAAGUUACCUACGGCGAUACCCAGAAUAUGACUUAUAUGGAUCUUAUACUCAAUGAGUCAAUGCGAGUUUUGACUCCAGUUCCAAUUGUUGCGCGACAGACAAUGCAGGAUGUGCGACUUUCCAAUGGCAUUGUUUUACCAAAAGGAGUUCAAAUCGGUAUAGACAUCUUUCACCUGCAUCGCGAUAAGAAUAUUUGGGGGGAAAAUGCGGAAACUUUUGAUCCAGAACAUUUUCUUCCCCAUCAUAUGCAGGAUAAGCAUCCGUAUUCGUUUAUUCCCUUCACAAAGGGAAUACGCAAUUGCAUAGGUUGGCGAUAUGCCUUAUUAUCGUCAAAAAUAACAUUGGCGAAAUUGCUGAGGAAUUACAAAUUCUCGACCAGCUUUAAAUUUGAAGACCUUGACUUUGUUGAGGAUAUAACUUUAAAAUUAAGGAAAGUGCCCUUGCUGGAAGUGCAAAAACGAUAGUAUAAAGCGAUAUAUACAGAUUUAUUCAAUAAAAUUUAUUGUCUACAUUUACUUAUUGUUAUUAAAACGUAUGAGAAAUGUACUUGACGGACAGACAAA